CACCUUCACCACACAAACACGCACAACACACACUCUCUCCCUCCAUUAAUAUCUCUUUCCAUUUCUCCAUUCUUCAUUUCUCUGUUCCCCUUUCUUUCAAUCAAGAUUCAAGAAACAAAAAAGAAACCGUAACGAAAAUGCUUCUGAGAGCUGCACCUUCUUCUUGUUUCCCUUCCUUUUCUCCCCUCAACGGUGGCGGUGACCAGCUGGUCCCUCUCUUUUCUUCUGUUUCGACGUUGACUUCUUCUUCUUCGGGGAAGAGUGGUUUGGUUGUUAUGUGUGCUGCGACGAAGGGAGGCUCUAACAGCAAGCCGUUAAGCGGCGUCGUUUUCGAGCCGUUUGAAGAGGUGAAGAAGGAGCUCGACCUUGUCCCUACCUUACCUCAAGUUUCCCUCGCCAGACAGAAGUUCGUCGAUCAGUGUGAAGCCGCCAUUAAUGAACAGAUCAAUGUGGAGUACAAUGUGUCAUACGUUUACCAUGCGAUGUUUGCUUACUUCGAUAGGGAUAACGUGGCGCUGAGGGGUCUUGCCAAGUUUUUCAAGGAAUCAAGUGCAGAGGAAAGGGAGCACGCUGAGAAAUUGAUGGAGUACCAGAAUAAAAGGGGUGGAAGAGUGACGUUGCAAUCUAUAGUGAUGCCACUCUCUGAGUUUGAUCAUGUGGAAAAGGGGGAUGCACUUUAUGCAAUGGAACUUGCUCUGUCAUUGGAGAAGCUAACAAACGAGAAGCUCCUUAAUUUGCACAGUGUUGCCUCUAAGAACAAUGACGUGCAGUUGGCAGAUUUCAUUGAAAGCGAGUUCUUGGGUGAACAGGUGGAAGCCAUUAAGAAAAUAUCAGAGUAUGUUGCUCAGCUCAGAAGAGUUGGCAAAGGACAUGGUGUGUGGCACUUUGAUCAGAUGCUGCUCCAUGGAGAUGGAGUUGCUGCUUGAAGAUAUUACACUGUUAUGAUAUCUAGUUCGUUGAGGCACUUUCAAGUCUUUUAGCUAUCUAGAGUUGAAAAGAAAAGUUGCAUUAUAUCUGGUCAUGGUUUUCUUGUGGUUUAAAUAGUGCUUUGUAGUGGACCCAUGAUAUGAUAUUUUUGUCUGUCAAUUUGAGUUGUGGCUAUGGAUGGAGCCAAAGGGGUUAUUGACCAAAUGCUAGAUAAAAUUGCUUCGACUUUGACAUUAUGAUGCUAGCGGACCCAACAUUAAUAUAGUAAUCGAUUACUUCUCUUUAA